UCCAGCAUUGAUCGCUCGUGUUGGGAUCAACAUUCUCUCGUCACUUGGUGAUGUCUCUACCGUCCUUAGCAGUAUCUUACUCGCAAGAGGAGAGGGCCCUGAUGCUCGAUGAUGCAGAUCGAUAUGCGGUCACUGUAUUCUUCAUGAUCGGUUUGGCUAUAUGCCUCUUUGUGGUUGACGAAUUCCGCGGUACCAGACCGAAGGCCUCGGCGGCGUUCAUGCCGGUUUUCUAUCCCGAUGAGAGUAUUCCAUGGGCUAAACUGAAUGAUUAUGAGUACUUCUCUGGCCUGUUCGGUCUUGGUAUUCAGAAAUGGGCUCUGUGGAAGUGGGCGACGAAAAUGGUUCGCCGUAAUGCUGCUAAAAUGACCAGAAAGCCGCACAAGGAGACAGAUGAGCACUCAUACCGUGACAUGGACCUUCCCUGGACCACCGUUGUCCAUGCUUACAUCGGUUAUCUAGUUCUCUUCAUGAAGGGCAUAUUGAGAGAGUGCCUCUGGACUGUUACGUUCAACAAAAAUAAGAAUGCCAGUGAGAACUGGUGCCCACAGUGGUGGAAAGAAUUCUAUACUCAACAUAUGUACCGAAGAAUAGAGGACUGUUGGAACAGACCGAUAUGCUCAGCCCCGGGCAGCACCGUUGAUGUGCUAGUCCGGGCUCGCCAUGACCACCUUGCCAAGCGCUUUGGGAAAUUCCAACCCACUGGGGAGGUCCAAAAAGGAUGCAUCAAUCUAGCCUCGUACAACUACCUCGGUUUUGGUGGCACAGAUGAAUACUGCACUCCGUUAGCGAUCAAAGCACUGGACCAGUAUGGACUCGCGGUAUGUGCCUCACGACCGGAAUAUGGAGGAACGAAUAGGCUCCAUAUUGAGUUCGAGUCUAAAGUAGCGGCAUUCUUGGGAAAAGAGGACGCUCUUGUGAUGGGCAUGGGCUUCGCUACCAACAGUACCUUCUUGGGCGCAUUGGCGAUGACUGGGGGUGGAUCUGUGGCUAAGAGGACUCUUUUUGUAUCCGAUCAACUGAACCACAAGUCGAUCGUGGAAGGUGUGAAGCAAAGCAGUGCCAAGGUCAUUGGAUUCAAGCACAACAAUAUGCAUGACCUUGAGAAAAUUCUGGACAGAGAGACUCGCUCGGGGAAAUGGGCGAAGAUUGUCAUAUUGGUGGAGGGAAUAUACUCGAUGGAGGGCGAGUUCUGUCGGCUGAGAGAAACGGUGUCUUUGAAGAAUAAGUAUAAGUGCUACCUCUGGUUGGACGAGGCUCAUUCGAUUGGAGCUGUAGGCCCGACUGGGCGGGGCAUUUCUGAGCUCUUCGAUGUUGAUACUUCUGAGAUCGACAUAAUGAUGGGGACGUUCACCAAGUCCUUCGGCUCCAACGGUGGCUAUAUCGCUAGUACAAGCGAGUGCAUUCAGCAUCUCCGUCGCUGUUCUCUGGGUUGGUUACACGGAGCAGCGAUGCCUCCUAUGGUCACGGCACAGGCUAUGGCUGCUUUGGAUUUACUCUCGACUGAGCGUGGCAAGGCUAAGUUACGGGCAGUCCGAGAGAAUGCUAACUACCUCCGUAAAGGUCUGAUGGGACUGAAUCUUCGCGUUAUAGGCGAUAUUGACUCGCCAGUCAUCUGUGUUAUGCUGAUCCAUCCUGAGAAGAUUGCUCAGUUCUCGAGAGAGUGUUUGAAGAGGAAUAUAGCAGCGGUCGUGGUUGGGUACCCUGCAACGCCGGUGAUAUUGUCUCGUGCUCGCUUCUGUGUGAGUGCUAGUCACACGAAGGAGCAGUUGGACACGACGCUGAGGGUUGUGAAAGAGGUCUCGAGGAUUGUUGGCAUCGAAUAUGGCAACAACACGGACGAGAGGGCAGCCAGAGCGUACAGGAAUUAUCUUUCCGAAGCUCCCAUCAUGAGGGAACCUUUACCUGGCUUGGGCGACUAUUGGAAUCCGGAGCCUCUGGUGCCUAACUAUACUGAGGUGGACGGCGAGAAUAUGUCUAGCAAGAGUACAUCAGCCACGAACUCUCCUCGUGAUGGGCGCUCGAGUGAGUCUGAGGAUGAGCAUCACAGUAUCCCUCUGGUGGACUUCGCCACGAUCGAUCCAUUAUCCCUCCAGCACAAGCCAGACGAGAGUCUGAUGGAGAUCGCGAGGGCUGUUGUUAGGGAGAAGGGUGUUGGUGCUUGUGGACCGAGGGGCUUCUAUGGUACUACGGUGGAGCACUUGGAUUUGGAGAAGGCCAUCUCGGAGUUCCUUGGCACAGAGGCGGCCAUUGUGUACAGUCACCACACUGUGUCCGACUCUAGCGUGAUUCAAGCAUUCAUAACUAACAACGACUUCGCCAUUGUCCAUAAGGAUGCCAACGCCCACAUGUGCACUGGCCUCAAUCUUUCUCGUGUAAAGAACAUCACUUGGUGGUCCGGCGACAUCGAUGAGUUGGCCGAGUUGGUCGAAACACAGAGUAAAGACGUGAAGCUUGCUGCGAGGGCUGGCAGGCUGUGGAUUCUGAUGGACAGCAAUUUCGUACUCGUAAGUGUGUGUACGCUGCUCCUUCAGGUCGUUGAUAUUAAGGACGAAUUUGGAGCUUAUCUGCUUCUUGAUGAUAGUUAUGGUAUUGGUGCAGUUGGCGAGAAUGGACGUGGAUAUUGUGAAUACUAUGGUGUUCCAUGCUCCUCUAUAGACCUUCUUGUGGGCUCACUUGAACACGCCUUCGGAUCUCAGGGAGGGUUCUGUGCUGGUCAGCAGACCACUAUUGACCAUCAGACUUUGUACGGCAGUGGCUAUUGUUUUAGCGCUAGUUCGCCACCGGCCUCUUGCAAAUUCGCAGCGGAGACGAUGCGCCGUCUGCAGGGUUAUGAGCGUCUACAUGCUCUCCAAGCUAAUGUGGAGCAACUACAUCAAUGCCUGGUCGACCACGGGGUGAAGGCCCUCACUGAUUCUCAAUGUUUCGCGCAGAUUAUUGAGGUCUCUGAUGCCCAAAGUAUCGCGAACUCCCUCAAGAUGGACGGUUUCGCGGUUCAACCUGUGCUCGUGUCACCACUAGAGAAGUUCGGAUUGGCAGCGGCGGAGCGAAAGAACACUCUAUUGAGAAUCUGUGUACGGGCCGAUCACACUGCCACCCAGAUUGCUGAGCUUGGGGCUUACUUAGGAGAGUUAAACUUGUCUCCGACAACCUCAGUUCGUCACAGUAAUGGUAGCAGCAAUAGCUGCACUCUGUAGAUUAUGCUCAAUUGAUGGUGUUCUUGGUCUUCGUGAAGGCUAGCUGUAUAAAGGCUAACUCAGUUGGCAUGAUGUGUAUUUACGUAUCCACUACGUUUGAUGACUGCACUUCACAUUAUCACCCAUCUGAUUAUGACUUCAGCAUUGAUCAAUCAUUAUGGUCAUUGUCAUUGUAGUAGGUAUGUACAAAUAACUGAUAGAGCGGCUCCUAGGAGAGGGCAGCGACUCCCUAGUGUUUUAUAGUAGAUCUCGAGAUUGCUCAUCACAUUUGCCGUUAUUUACUCCUUCCUACGAUCUGCCUUAUAUAGUUGUCGUCAUCUCGCUGCAAUUCGUGUCAUUGGCAGAUUCUUCCUAGUCGUAUUACUACUCUUCGUAGCCUCCUAGAGACUCUAUCUCUAGGAGGGCUUCACCUGCAUAAUUUUUGGGCGUCGAAUGGUCAUUAGUGAUACCCGGAAAUGCGGAUGUUGAAGGAGUGUCGAACACUCCGAUCACUUCGCCUCUUUGUUAUCACGGAUAAUACUGUCAAGAUUUGCUGCAUUCCUAGAUUAUGU